AUGGGCCACCAAGCGAUCGUGUUAGGCAACAACCUGCACCCCUUCAGCCACGAGAAGGUGAUCAAUGAGGAGGGGGACAUGGUUCACAUUAAAACCGUGAUCACCUGUCUGGCGGCGGUGUGCCGUGUCAGCACCGAUGCCGGUAAAGGAAGCGGAUUUCUCACCACCUUCACCCGCGACAGCACGCCCUACCUGUGCAUCAUGACCAACAACCACGUCAUCAAGUCGGCGGAUCAGGCCCUCAGAUCAGUUGCUGAGUUCUUUGACCUCAGCGACACCUCAAAAGCAACCCGCGUCUCACUUCGGCCUGACGUGCUCUUCAUCACGGAUGUGGUGCUGGACUUCUCGCUGGUCGCCUGCAAUCGAGCCCAUCUGCGCAGCUGGCUGAAGCCCAUCCGGCUGACCGAGUGCACUCAGCUGGAGGUCAAGAAAGACGACGUGAUCCACAUCAUUCAGCACCCGAGCGGCGGCGAAAAGCAUAUGAGCAUGCAGAAAGUGGUCUCCAUCACGGAAUCAGAGCUCUACUAUCUGGCCGACACGCUGCCCGGCUCUUCCGGCUCUCCCGUCUUCAAGAACUGGAAGCUCGUCGCCCUCCACAGCCAAGGCUCGCCAGUGCACAACAUGGGCACACUGAUGAAGCGCAUCUUGGCCAAGUGCACUUCCGCCCCCUUGUCGAGCAGCGUCGCGGUUUCGAUCAAACCACCAGCGCCGGCCCCGCCGGCCGUCGCCGCGACCUCCCUGCGGAUCACCAACACCGGCGAAACGAUCAAGGUCUACUCGCUGAUCAAGCCGCAGCCGCGGGAGUGGAAGUGCCAGACAGUCCGGGGCCUGAUCGAGGACCAAGUCAUGGCCGAGGGCUCGCUCCGUGUGGUCCACAAGGUGUGGGCCGGCAACAACUUUUACGUCAUCAAGCGCUUCAAGCCGCACGUGGUCACGACGCUCAAGCUCGCCACGGAGGAGGCACUGGUACGGCUGCUGCAGGAGGAGGUCGUCAUGCAGCGAUGUGCCUGGGACCUGGCAGCCCGGUGGAACGCGCUCGAGAUGCCCAAGAACGUACAGGUCAACCCGCUCUUCGUCGUCAAGCUCGCCGACCGGCUGCCGCAAGUGUGGGCCGUGAUGGAGCCCAUGCUGGAGGGCGCUGAUCAAUCGUACGUCAAGUACAACGACAACUGCGGCGGCGUGUUCGCGCAGGAGGGGCGCGUGCGCGAGACGCCACAGACCUUCAGCCACUUCACGCACCUCGUCACGGGCGGCCAAUGGCUCGUGUGCGACCUGCAGGGCGUGGGCGACACGUUCACCGACCCGCAGGUGCACACCAACCCGCGCGAGCGGUGCCCCGUGGCGGGCAACCACGGACCCAAGGGCAUGGACGACUUCUUCGCGACCCACCAGUGCAGCGCCCUGUGCGAGAUGGUCAAGCAGAGGCUCCUCUUGCGGGCCAGCAGCGGCGACGCAGUUGUAUCUGCUCCCCCUCGGCCUUGA